UCGGCCGCAGCGGCUCCGCCAUGCCCGGAGCGGCCGCGCUGGGCGCCGGCCCCGACCCUGACGAGAGCUACGAUUUCCUCUUCAAGCUGGUGCUGAUCGGCGACGCCAGCGUGGGCAAGACCUGUCUGGUGCAGCGGUUCAAGACCGGGGCCUUCUCCGAGCGGCAGGGCAGCACCAUCGGCGUGGACUUCACCAUGAAGAGCCUGGAGAUCCAGGGCAAGCGGGUGAAGCUGCAGAUCUGGGACACGGCAGGCCAGGAGAGGUUCAGGACCAUCACGCAGAGUUAUUACCGCAGCGCCAAUGGGGCCAUCCUGGCCUACGACAUCAGCAAGAGAGGCUCCUUCCUGUCCAUUCCUCGCUGGAUCGAGGAUGUCAGGAAGUAUGCUGGCUCCAACAUCGUGCAGUUGCUCAUUGGAAACAAGUCUGACCUAAGUGACCUUAGAGAGGUUCAGCUGGCAGAAGCUCAGAGCCUGGCUGAAUGCUAUGACAACAUCAUCUGUGCUAUAGAGACCUCUGCAAAGGACUCCAGCAAUGUGGAGGAGGCUUUUGUGAAGAUGGCCACAGAGCUAAUGAUGAGGCAUGGAGGGCCCAUGAUCAGUGAGAAGAGCACUGACAGCAUCAAGCUUGACAGCAAAGACGUUGGGGAGAGCUGGGGGUGUGGUUGCUGAUAAGAGCUAGCUGAUAUCCCUAACCUUACUGGAAUUUAGAUGGUGCUUCACCCUAAUGCUGAGUAGCAUGGUAGCCAUAUUCUCCCCUUCCUCCUGUGAAACCAGCAAUUUUGUAGAAGUUAGACACAAUCCUGUUUGCUUCGGUGUCUUAUUUUUAAAAAGGGACUUUGGAGAGGUGGUCCUAAAAGUCAAACCCUCUGAAAAACUUACUCAACAUUUGUCCCCACCAUUUUAUUUUCUGUAACCUUCAUACAAGUUACAAAAAUGGAGGAAAUUACUUUGAACUUGAUAUUUUGGGGGUGGGAAGACAUUUGUUUGGGGAAGAGACUGAUGCAAACCUGAAGGUCUGAGCAUUAACAUAGGGCUGAUUGCAAAGGAGGUCACUUUUGGAAUAGGCAAUCUUGACAGUGUCUCUUCAAAUCCUCAGCACUCCACUAGUGACCAGGAAGUGUCAGUGUCUUUGAUAAUGGUAUUUUAAGGGCCAUAAUAGCCAAUAUUUUGGUUACAGGACCAAAAAACAGUCAAAAAAGCAGCCUAGGGCAUGUGAAUUGCUAGUUGCUGUUGGAGCAGGCCCAGGUGGGGAAGCUUCUCUCAGGUUUUGUUAUCAUUUGGUGUUUUAACAGAAAGCAAAACCAGCCUGAACACUAUUGCAAGCAGGGCUGGGCCAGGGUGGUGAUUUAAAACAGCCUUGAGGAGAGGGAAGAUGCAUUUCAUUUGUCUGUUGUUUGCACAGUGAUAGCUCCUUUUUCCCAGUGGAAGCAUCACUGAGAUUUUGCCCUCAGGUCUCCAUCAUUUCACUCCACAACUCAAGACCUGCACCACUGGAAAGAGGAACUGGAGAAACCUUGAACUGACUGUAGCCAAGAUCUCAAGAUCUCUUGCCACGUGCCUAACGGUCAAAUACAGGGUUCAUUCUGGUCACACAUCUGUUCUUAUGUUACCAGAGUGCGUAAGUGGAUUUGAUUUUUUUAUUGGUUUUGUUUUUUAAACCAUCUCUUUAAAUACCACAUGGGCAUAUAAUGGGAAAGAAGACCUCAGAAUAGCUGAGAACUGGAUGAUUGCAACUUCUUGGUUGUGAGAAACCAGUGACUUUUUGAGUGGCUCCCUCCCAGCUUUAUACCCAAAUGUUCCCCUCUCCUUAUCACAAGUUACCAGUUGCUUUUCAUUUCUUGAAAACUCUCAGCAGGAAAAAUCUUUCAUAGUGGAUCAAAAGUCUACAUAAAGUAAAAGAGAUUUCGUAAUCCAGUUUUCUUUCAGAUGCAGCUCUGUAGAGUAUCUGGUAGAUGGAGCUGAGGUCCUGAUGGAUUCCUCUCCAUUUACACUCUCAGGCACCUUACAAAAGUGGAUUUGCAAAGAGAGCAGGAGCAGCAAUAUUUUAAACUCUGUAGAUAAAGUGGAGAUGUUCCAGGAUGGCAAAUGAUUUCUGUCACUCUGGUAAUUUGAAGGAGCUUACUUUUCAAAAAGCUCUCACUUGAAGUCACUUGACUUUGAAAAAUCCAGAACAAAAAGGACUUGAAUUGUUUUGCUACUAGGCCUGCACCUGUUUAGUCAUCCAACAUAUCCAGUGUCAUGGAAAUUAGAAGGAUUUAGGAAAGGGCUAAUGGAUACCAAUUUUAAUACUUUUCAUCUUCCUGUAGCAAAUAUUAAACCAUUCUCUGCUCUUUCUGAUUUUUUAAGCUGUGAUGCAGAUAACUGAGGAGCCGUGUGCUUUGUAGCCUGUUUGCUUCUUUCUAAGGGGUUAGUUUUCAAAUUUUAUAGUUGUGAGAAGGAAAAGGCCUUAAAUUUUCCAACUAGUAUAGUUUUCACAAUUGUGAUAUUUUCUACAGAAGGGCAGGCUGAGCUGCAGUUCUUGGUAGUGUUUUUGGACAGUUUUCCAGGAUAUUCCUGCUUCCAAAAAUAGUAGGCAAUAAAUGUCCAGCUAGACAUUUGGGGAUUUGAAAUUGGGAAUGGGAAUGCAAAUAGGAAUGAAAAUGGAAAUUUUCCAAACCCUAGAGUUGUUGGUGUAUUCUCUAUAUUCUGCUCUCAGGAGAAAGUCUGAAGACAGUCCAGGCUAAAGCUCAGUGCUGGUGACUGCUUUUCCUCCUGGUGAGAUCCUUAAGGUACAUAGUAUUUGCAAACAUUUGACUUUCUGUCAUGAUCCAUUGCAGUUUUUAUCUGGAGGUCAUGGUCCUGCAGUUCUGCUUGAAGAGGGACCCCCAGAUGAGCUGAGCCCCCCACUGCCUGCAUAAUUAGUGCCAAAUUAUUUAAUGCUGACAAAAAUCCACAUGCAUUUAAGAACAGUAUUGCUACUUCUCAGACUGAAACCCAUAGUUUACGUAGUAACUCAUCUUAAAACUGGAACAAGAAGCAAAAUUAAUAUAAAUCCUGCUUCCAGUGCAGCCAUUGAAUGACUGUGUUUUUACAGUAGAUGAAGAAUAGAGGAAUUAUUGAUUAAUUUUUUCAGUUUUGAAGUUUGUUUAGUGAAUAAGUAGAAUUAGACCAGGCACUACACUUUUCAUUACAAUUUGCCUGGAUUUCUCUCUUAAACUAGGCUUGAAGGGUGAGGCUCUGUCUGCAGGUCAGCCUGUUCAGUCAGAAAAUGUGCAAUACAGCAGCAGUGAUUUGUUUGCUGUACUUUAAAGGGAGGCACCAAUUCCAAUUAGUUUUCAGUUUCCUGCAGAAAUCUAAAACCAUGGCUUUAAAUCGGUUUUAACUCUUGGCUCUUCUGUGUUGUAACAAGUGGAGUACAAGUUUGCAUGCCCUCCUAACUGAACAAAAGAAAUAGAAGAAGACCUGGUUUAUUUUUAAUUUUUUUUUUCAGAAGAAACCUGAAAAUUUGGUUUAUUUUUUUAGGUUAGCAGCUGGUGGUGUUUGGAUUGUCAGUAGUUAAAAGUUUAUUUUGAUUACCAAAUCCUUCCUUUUUUCACUCCCCUGCUGAAGACUUUAUCAAACCUGGGACUCACACACAGCCAUGAAAUUGAGGCAUUAAAAAGAUGGUUGGUUUAACUCCAUUAAUCAUAUUGAAACCAAAAGGAUACCUGGGUGAAGAGAGUGAGGAGCACUAAACCUGUGAUUUAUGGGUAAAAACCUGAGUUUCAGCUCUCAGGGUACAAAUGGGCAUUGAUGUACAGCAAGUGAAUAUGCAGGAGUGCUUGUUCAGAGUUCAUAGCAUAAACAUUUGCCAAGAAAUCUGUUUACUGCCAGUUGAACAUUAGCAAGACUAUGGUGCAGUAAUUGCUUUUAAGCAGAUCCCCUUGGCUGAUCAUGCAUUUGCAUUAGUAUUUAUAAUUUCUUUUUGGCAGUACCAAAGUGUGCAAAAAUAUUGCAAAAGCACAGGAGGGGACAUUGAUCUCUGCCUUGUAGCACUUGGGAGUGGAAUGCAGAGGCAAAUACUGAAAUUAAAUCAUCAGCAGAAUGUGGUUCCCAGGAGCCUUUGUUGUCCUUUGUAUUGAUUCUAAGCUAAUUUUAUCUCCAGUUUCUCAUCCAGUCCAUCAUCACAGAUGGAACUUGUACAAAUAUUUAUAAUUAUGUAAAUAUAAAACCAAAUGAAUGUCAGCCCAGAAACCUGCUAACAUUAGCUUUGCAAAACAAAUUUUGAGAAAAAUUAUAAUAUCUAAGAAGAGAGAAGAAAUCCUGAUGACUUUCUUACUCUCACUGUACUGGAAUAAAAGGUUUUUCAGGGAAAAAUCUAAAUUAAGCCCAGCUAAAGCCACUAAUAGCUUUCCUAUUGGCCAAUACUGAUAGAUUUCUGAGGACUUCACCAAAAGUGGAGCUCUUGCUCAUUUUGGGUGCCUAGACUAUAAUAUGUGAAAGCAAGGAUUUGGAAGACUAUCCUUUGGACACAACAUGCAAACUUGUCUUGAAAACUUGAAGACACUUUUUUAAAAGUGAGCCAAGAGCUGAAUUUACACAGAAAUGAAAGCUGCAGACAGAUGCCUCCCAAUGUCUUCAAAAGCAUCUCGGUACCAUUGCAAAUAAAGCACAAAACUUGUGUGGAAGUUGUUUUUGCACUAAAGGGAAAUAAUUAUCAGAGAAAGAAAAUCAUUAAUGUGAAAGGCAGAGCAUCCUGAUUAUUCUGCAUUUUUCAUGUUCAUUUCCUAUUUCAAUGCUGUGCAUAAGUUUUUUCCCUUUAUAAAUGUUAUUAAAAUAGAUAAAGUGUGAAAAGGUGUUUGAUACUUAACAAAAUCAAUGCUUUCUUAACAGAGUGAUAAUAUUGAUGGGGAGAAUAACUUUGCUGAUAAGGUUUGGUGGUGCAGUAUCGGGGAUUCCUCACAGAGUUACGCUAGAAUGGUGUGAGACACAAAAACCAUUCCCAAAGCAGGGGAAGCCAGUGGGGGACACAGGACCCUGAUCUGCCUGCCAGACAAAAGUAGAUCCAGGCAUGUGAAUUUAGUUCUUUGUGUUUAAAGAUUUCUGUUUCAGAUUUCUGAUAGGCAGAUGUGCUCUGUGCUGUCAGCCAGCUUUUCCUUCUUUCGUGCCUCACUUGCUGAGAUCUGACAGGUAAAAACCCCACAGCUCCAGAGCAGGGAGCAUCCCAGCCAGUCUGGCUCACACACACCUCCUGGGGGGAAGGAAAAAAAUCUCUAAUUCAUAUUGAAUUCAUUCACUGCAUUCCAAAAUUAUUUGAGGGGUUUGGGUGAUAACAGUGUUAAAAUGGUUCUGCAUUUUCUAGGACAAAUCUGUUGCUUCUCAAGGUUCUUAGAGAGAUGCAGGCUGUACAUUUCUAAUCAUCAGGAACUAAUUUGCUUUUAAAUUUUCUUACCACAAUACUGACUACAUGAUUUGGAAUAUGAGCAGACAAGAGAGCAAGCUUGCAUACUACGGUAAUUUUUUAUGCCCUACCUUCAUCUAUUUAUGAAUUUAUUAUGAAAAGUAUUUUUAAACAUGAAACCUGCUUUUGUUAUGAAUUUUAGCAAAGUAGUGGAUACAUUGUACUGUGUAUCAUUUAAAAAAAGGUUUAAUUAAAGUAAACAUUUGGCAAUUAAUACUUUUUGUUGUUAUUUUAUGCAUGUACCUUGCUGUGGUAUACGAUCAGAAACAAAAUCAAUUUUAAGAAAUUAUGUAUCCUGUCAUACAGUGAUGUAUGGUCUACUUUUACACAAGAUAUCACCUAAUGUACUCUUAAUUAAACAAAUGGUGCUGAACCAACUUCCUGUUACCCUCCCAAAUGUCCAUCACUUCCAGAAAUGCAUGCACUUUCAGUUGUUCUCACUUAGCAAACUCUCCAGCAGAGCUGUCAGGAAGAUGAAGAAUGAAACCCAAAGUGCUCAGUGUUGGGGGAGUGCAAAUAACUUUUCCAGUGCUUGCAAUUAAGUGUGAACAAUGUAGUUACAACUGUACCUCCCCAAGGGAACAUUGAGAUCCUGGAUUUUAUUCAAGUGCUGUAAAUUAAACAAAGCAACACACCUUUCUUUUUGCUUGGCUCUUUAACUGGAACGUCAGCAGAUGGGUAUUUGUGACCCACAGGGGCCAAAUAUUGAAUUACUUGGUUUGCAUUGUCUGCUGCUUCAAUAACAGCCUCAGGUAGCAAAAGCUGUGAGUGCAAUGGCCAGGCUCUGGGGCUGGUUCCUCAGAGUGCUGGGUGAAGCUGGAUUUGUCAGUUAAUUCUCUUUAAGGACACAUUUUUACUGCUGAAGCAUUGUGACCGUAGCUGCCCUGCCACUGAUGUGCUGCAGAGUCGUGUGAGAGGGAAAUAAUUAACAACAACCUGCUCUUGGGAGGGACUAACCUGGAUUUUCUCAUGCCUUCUACUCAUUUAUACUGGAGUUUCUAAAUCUGUGUGGGGAAAAAUCCAAUUUAUCCCUUUAAUGGCUUCUUGUAAGUACAUGUGAUGAGCACUUAAAAAUUAUUUCCCAUUUCUGGGAACUCUCCCUGGAAUUCUCUAAGAAUGUGAAAUAGUUUGGAUACAAGAGGUCUACACGCACUACAACCAUUUUUCAUUUGCUGUGGUGAACUGACCUUUCAUUAUGUAGCUUGUACCUGCAAAACAAAAACAAAGCAAAAAAAACAACCUCUAUUUUUUAUAGUUUAGGUUCAAUGAAUAUUUUUUCUCCACAUCUGUGGGCAGGAAGUUAGCUGUAAAACUAGCAGAAAGAAUUUCCCAAAUAGAAUUCCAUAAAACAAGACAAACAAACCAACCCUAUUGAAAACCUGAUUCUGAGAUUCUUAACUGUACAACAGGUGCUGCUUCUGCUUCAGGAAAAGGUCAAUAAAUCAAUCAAUGGAUCAAUCAAUAAAUAACCUGCUGAGUGUUAAUCUGUAAGGCAUGAUCCCAGAUUCCAAUACUGGAUUCUGAGCUUGGCAUACAAGACCAACACAAUGCAAGGGGGAGAACUUAAUUAAGACUGAGUCCCAAGUGGCCUGGAUGAGACAAAUCAAACCAGUCUUUACACCAAGCAAACCCACCUGUUCUAUUUGGAAUAUGCACUCAUCUGUUUUAUCCCCAGAAGUGACCACAGAAACACUUUCCUGAAACUUGUGUGCAGCCUGUUUCUGUCAACGUUGAAAACAGGAUAUAUUUCAUCACCCAAGAAUUCAUCCUUGUUUAAACAAAAGAUUUUAAUGCACACUGUAAGAUAUGCAGUGGUAUCUGUUAGCAUUUCUGUUCAAGUUACAGAGCAUACAAGCACACCCCUGAAUUUCAGAGAAACUCCUGUAAUCCCAGCUUCUCCCCUUUACCCUGAUGGAAAGGGAUUUCCACCUCUUCUGGCAAUUGCCUUCAGUGUGUAGUGUUAUCCAGGUCACUAUUUCUAAUUUCCUUUAUUUCCUUCAUCUGCUGUUUUUUCAGCAUUUUGGCUUUUUGAGGAUCUGCCAGUCACCAAGCUGGAGGUCAGUCCCUGGAGCUGGAUAAUCUGCAGUACCCUGAGACUUGGAGAACUGCACUGGGGGCAAGGGUUUUACAUUUUAGUGGUGAAGUGACAGAGAAAAAGGGAAUGUCUUCCUUUUCUACAACCACAUUUUAUGUUAAUGUUCCCAUGAGGGAUGAGAUUUAAGAGGUCUUAUACAGUUCCUUCAUUUCGAAGUGUUCAUCCACAUUGUAGAGAAAAAAAGGAGAAACAAACAGAACAUUUUCUGUUCUUAAGCAACUUCCAGCAUUUUUAUUCCUUGCUUCACCAAUUCUGGUAGAGUUCUACAACAGGCUUUAAGUACUGAAACAAUGUGAUUUCAAAUAAUUGUGACCUUACAAAAUUACAAUCUUUACUUAGAUUUGGCAUUCUUUGCAAAUAUUAUUCCUUUAUUUUACAGGAAAGUGCUAAAGAAACAGGUAGAUAUCUGUUUGUCGUACCAAUAAAAAGGCAAGAAUGUGCUGCUGUAAAUACUUUUCCAGUGAAGAAGCAGGAAAUAAACUGUUUAAAGCAGUGUUCUUACACUGGAUCCAGACACUGAAAGCUACUUAGGAAACAUUACAAGAGAUGAAUCAACAAUCCUGACAGUGGAGAGGGGAUUACAGUGCUUUGCAAACAGAGGAAACAAGAAGAAAGUCUGACUUCACAGCAGCUGUGAGCUCUCAGAGUUGCUGUUGGGAUAACAAGCAGUGAAGGAUUUGGCCAGGAGGUCAUUCUGCCAGCCCUGCAAGAAACUGGGAGAAAUGAAACACCCAGGUUUUUGUUUGGACAGUUUCUAAUUCGCAAAAAAACCCAGCCCUAGAAACCUGACUAGUCCCUAAUAUGAAUUGAUCUUUCUGUGUAAGCUGACUUUGGUGUUAAAACAAUUAAUUGGGUUAUGUUUUCCAAUCUUAUGUCACAAGUACAAUACAUAUUGUGUUAUAACAAAUAACACAGAAAUAUUUUCAAAGACAUCUUUGGGAUUAAAACUUUAGAAGUAUUUUACAAAAAUAAGAAAAAAUAAAUUACUUUUUCUUUUUAAACAAACAGCUAUAAAAUCCAUGAACCAAACAACAUGUAACAUUGACAUGACAUGAAAUAUAUUACACUAAAGGCCAGUUAAUUACCACAGUGGUAUGAGGCUUCAAGUAAAUUAGGAGGCACUUUUUGGCCAAGCAGUAGUCACUGAUUCAGUGGAAAGCCCCAACUCACAGGAACACCUGAAACAAAACUGCUAAAGCUAAGAUUCUAAAUUCCUUAAAAAAAAAAAAAAAUUGCAGA